AUGACCACUGAAAAACAGCAGUGCAAACAUUUGAUUCCAUUGUUUAAAUGUCUCAUUCCAUCAUUCAAUUCCUCAUUUAUUUUCAGAGAACGAGAAAUGGUGAACGUUCGUCGUGCUAACUUCAAAAGCUUCUGGGAUAAAUAUUCCGACAAACCGGAUACCAAUUCAAUGAUGCUCAAUCAUUCAGCUGAAGAAUUGGAAGCAAGCGAUCGUGCUGAUAUUCUUGCUAGUUUGCCUCAAUUGCAUAACAAGGAUGUUGUCGAUAUUGGAGCUGGAAUUGGUCGCUUCACAACAGUUCUUGCCGAGACAGCUCGCUGGGUUCUCUCUACUGAUUUCAUUGACAGCUUCAUCAAAAAGAACCAACAACGUAACGCCCAUCUCGGAAAUAUCAAUUACCGAGUCGGAGAUGCCGUCGGACUUCAGAUGGAUUCAAACAGUGUUGACUUGGUCUUCACUAACUGGCUCAUGAUGUAUCUUUCUGAUGAGGAGACUGUUGAAUUCAUCUUCAAUUGCAUGAGAUGGCUUCGGGAGAGUGGAAUUGUCCACCUUCGGGAGAGUUGCUCGGAACCAAGUACUGGUAGAUCAAAGGCAAAAUCGAUGCAUGACACUGCUAAUGCCAAUCCAACUCACUACAGAUUCUCUUCUCUCUACAUCAAUCUUCUUCGUGCUAUCCGUUACCGUGAUGUUGACAACAAAUUGUGGCGUUUCAACGUUCAAUGGUCAUGCUCAGUUCCCACUUACAUCAAGAGAUCCAAUAACUGGCGUCAAGUUCAUUGGCUCGCUGAGAAGGUUGCAGCUGAAGAUGGAGCAAAGGAGACUUCAUUCAAUGAGUUGGUUGAAUUGCUCAAGAGCACGUGGCAACAGGGACAAGAGGCAUGGGAUGCCAAGUUGGAUGAUGAGAAAUAUGUGUGGUCUGAGAAGAUCUUCUCAUCUGCAAUCGCUUCUCUUCCAUCGAACUCUACUUUCUUCCUUUACACUCCACGUACAAUUUCUCCAUUCUGCCAUAUCAAUGCUCAUUCUCUUGCUGAAACAUUCAAUGCCAACGUCUGGAAUACAGAGAUUGUUCCAGAAUAUUACCGUACUUCUCUCACCAAAUCAAAUAACUUGAAAGAUCAGAGAGUUCGCUUCGGAUGGAAUGAAAAUCUCGCCUCUUCUGUCAAGUACUGGCAACAGAAGGAGGCUCUCUUUGACGUAUUCAUUGCCACAGAAUUCUUGAGUACUUCUGAUGAUAAUACCAUUCGCCAAGUUCCACAAAUCACCAGCAGCGGAGCCAAAUUCUUCACAUUGGAGCCAGUCGAUGAAGUCAACGAGGGUGCAAUGAAGGAGCGUCUUCAGAAGUUGGGAUUCACAUUGGAGUCGUUCACUGAUGUCACCGAUCAAGCUGUCGCGGCCCAAGAGCAAUAUUUCAAGGAUCACGAGCAUUUGAGCAACGAGAAAGUUAUCCGUAAAAACUGGGUCCUUCUUGAGAUGUCUGCUACCAAUUGA